CUCACUCAAGGCUACUGUCAUGGCGGUGACGAGCUGAAGCAAGCUACCGGGGUAAAUCAGGAAGAGAAUGCAGCGCAGCUGGGUUAACGUUGACGUUUAAGCAAGUCUGUGGAGUUUGCCGGGGAGGUCCGAGCACACUUCUGUCCUUUGUCGACUUCUGCCGGAGAUGCUGACGAACUUACCUCCUUUCCAGUUGUGAGUUUUUGCUUCUGCCGAGCGCGCUACCUGUCAAGUGUCUGGACUCUGUGACAAUAGCAACUUCCACCACUGUACGGGGACAUUAAAGUCACCGUAUCCUCGUUUGCCAUUUGACCGAGCAGACGGGGAAACCGGUAAAGGCUUUGCUUCACCUGCUCCCCCCCCCCUGCAGCAGACUUCCUUGCAGCUUUUAACGGCAUUAAUCCAUCCGUCUGGGGAUCCUGUUACGGACCACGGGAGAGAAGUAAAAACGUUAGUUCACUGUGGAGUAAAACGGUGACAUGAUCUAGUCCCGCAGUGUCAACGACCAACAAAUUAUCCUUACGCCUCCCCCCCCCCACUUUCGCUAAACAGUUUUGGAUGGGGAGGGAAACGUUUGGUUUGUGUGCCUGUAGACCGUCAACAACUCCGCUGAAGGGGAUAUAGAGCCCUUUGGCUCCGACAUCGGUUGCUGUCACCACCAUUGGAGGUGAACAGGUGCCUUACCUGUGAACACCACCUGUCCCCGUCCUUCCUUAGCAAUGGCUAGCGAGGAGACAGCGGGCUCUGCGCAGCCAGGUGAUGGAAAGGACGGGAGAUCAGGCGCCAUGGCGCUCAACCCCGGAGUGCCUAUCAGGGGGAUAAAGAUGAAAUUCGCCGUGCUUGCUGGCCUGGUGGAAGUUGGCGAAGUUUCCAACCGAGACAUUGUGGAGACGGUGUUCAACCUGCUGGUCGGCGGCCAGUUUGACCUGGAGAUGAACUUCAUCAUCCAAGAACCCGAGAGCAUCGUGUGCAUGGUGGAGCUGUUGGACAAAUGUGAGCCCACCUGUCAGGCCGAGGUGUGGAGCAUCUUCACCGCAAUCCUCAAGAAGAGCGUCCGCAACCUGCAGGCGUGCACUGAGGUGGGGCUAAUCCAGCAGGUGCUCCAGCGUAUAUCCACCACUGACAGCAUGAUCGCAGACCUACUGGUGGACAUGUUGGGCGUGCUCGCCAGCUACAGCAUCACCGUAAAAGAGCUGAAGCUUUUCUUCAGCAAACUGCAAGGGGAGAAAGGCCAGUGGCCACGUCAUGCGGUGAAGCUUUUAUCAGUUCUGAAGUACAUGGCUCACAGGAAUGGCCCAGACUCAUUCUUCAGCUUUCCAGGGAAAAAUGCAGCUGCUAUAGCUCUGCCUCCUAUAGCAAAAUGGCCGUACCAGAAUGGGUUUACAUUCCACACGUGGCUCCGCAUGGAUCCUCUCAACAACAUCAAUGUAGACAAAGACAAGCCUUACUUAUACUGUUUCCGCACCAAUAAAGGCAUGGGUUACUCCGCACACUUUGUGGGGGGCUGUUUGAUAGUGACCUCAUUAAAAUCCAAGGGGAAAGGAUUCCAGCACGAGACUUUCUUCUUUUUCUUGUUGCAGUGGUACAUGGUGACUCUCGUUCACACCUACAACCGCUGGAAAAACAGUGAAAUUAGCUGCUAUGUGAACGGGGAACUGGCGUCCUUUGGAGACAUCGCCUGGUUUGUUAACACCAGUGACACGUUUGACAAGUGUUUCCUGGGAUCGUCUGAGACAGCAGAUGCCAACCGUGUGUUCUGCGGACAGAUGGGGGCAGUUUACCUGUUUGGAGAGGCUCUCAGCGCUGCUCAGAUCCUGGCUAUCUAUCAGCUGGGGCCGGGUUACCAGGGCACAUUCAAGUACAAGGCUGAGAGUGACUUGCUGUUUGCGGAGCAUCAUAAGACCUUACUGUAUGAUGGCAAGCUGUCCUCUAGUAUUGCCUUCACUUAUAACCCUCGCGCCACAGAUGCCCAGCUCUGCCUCGAGUCCUCCCCCAAGGACAACGCCUCCAUUUUCGUCCACUCACCCCACGCACUCAUGCUGCAGGACGUGAAGGCCGUUGUGACUCAUUCAGUCCAGAGUGGCAUACACUCUAUCGGGGGCGUGCAGGUCCUCUUCCCUCUGUUUGCACAGCUGGAUUAUUGCCAGCCCUCCAGCCACGAGCUGGACACCUCUGUCUGCUGCACUUUGCUAUCCUUUGUGAUGGAGCUCUUGAAGAACUCAGUGGCUAUGCAAGAGCAGGUCCUGGCCUGCAAAGGCUUUCUCGUCAUUGGCUACACUUUGGAGAAGUCGUCCAAGGUGCAUGUGACGCGGCCCGUCCUGGACAUUGUGCUGGCCUUUUCCAGAUACCUUAGCAACUUGCAGAAUGGCAUCUUGCUGCUCAAGCAGCUGUGUGACCACAUUCUGUUCAACCCUGCCAUCUGGAUCCAUGCCCCUGCCAAGGUGCAGCUGACGCUCUACACCUACCUGGCAACAGAGUUCAUCAGCACAGUGACCAUCUACAACACCAUUCGCAGGGUGGGCACUGUACUUCAGGUCAUGCAUACACUGAAAUACUACUACUGGGUCAUCAACCCCCAGGACCGCAGUGGAGUCGUGCCCAAAGGCCUAGAUGGUCCAAGGCCAAACCAGAAGGAGAUCCAUUCUUUGCGAGCCUUUCUGUUGUUGUUUGUAAAGCAGCUCAUAAUGAAGGAUCACGGAGUGAAGGAAGACGAGCUACAGAGUAUCCUCAACUACCUCCUUACCAUGCAUGAGGAUGACAAUCUGAUGGAUGUACUGCAGUUGUUGGUGGCUUUGAUGUCUGAACAUCCUGUGUCCAUGGUCCAGGCCUUCGACCAACGCAACGGGAUUCGUGUGAUUUACAAGCUUUUGGCCUCAAAAAGUGAAGGAAUAAGAGUGCAGACACUCAAAGUAAUGGGCUACUUUCUGAAACACUUGCCACCAAAGAGGAAACCUGAGGUCAUGCUGAGUCAUGGCCUUUUCUCCCUGCUCACUGAACGCCUCAUGCUCCACGCCGGCCAGUUCACCAUGACAACCUACAACGUGCUCUUCGAGAUUCUUACAGAGCAGAUCUGCACUCAAGUGAUCCAUAAACAGCAUCCGGACCCCGACUCCACUGUGAAGAUUCUCAACCCACAAAUUCUGAAGGUAAUCGCUGCUCUGCUGAAGAGUUCUCCCCCAUCCCCCGAGAGCAUGGAGGUGCGCAAGGUCUUUCUGUCAGACAUGAUCAAACUGUUCAAUAACAGCCGAGAGAACCGCAGGAGCCUGCUGCAGUGCUCGGUGUGGCAAGAGUGGAUGCUCUCUCUGUGCUUCAUCAACCCGCAAAACAGCGAGGAGCAGAAAAUCACAGAGAUGGUGUACGCCAUCUUCCGCAUCCUGCUCUACCACGCCAUCAAAUAUGAGUGGGGCGGCUGGCGCGUCUGGGUGGACACCCUGUCAAUCACCCACUCCAAGGUCACCUUUGAGCAGCACAAAGAGAAUCUGUCCCGUAUGUUCCGUCAGUACCAGCGUCAGGAGUCUGCAGGCUCUCUGAACACAAUCCGAACCAUCUCUGGCGUCAGCCAAAGCUCGGAAACCACGGAAUCUCUUAACGGGCCGCCUGCAGAGGAGACGGCCCCUUCCACUGUCAUUGAGCUCACAGUGGACAAGCUGCCCCCGAAGUCCCCUGACCCAGCAUCUAGUUCCACCGUCACUUCCAGCACACCGGAGGCUGCUGAUGGAAGGGGACACGCAUCCAUCACCGUCUCCAACAUCCUGGCCAGGGCAGAAGAAGAAGUAGAAGAAGAAGAAGAAGAAGAAGAAGAGCAGAAGUCGGUUCAGGAGUCUUCCAAGGAGGCCUCCAGGGAUGAUGGAAAAGAGACUGAAGCUACUGUGACCCAAAAAACGGAUAAAGAGAAACCGAGUGAACAGACCUCCACUGACAAGAACACUGAUGAUCUACACGCGUCACUUAGCGACCAGCCUGAAACGGAUGACGCAAAAGCAAUGGAAGAGAUUGGAGACUCUGCUACAACAUCUGUAAGAGAUGAGGAAAAAUCUGGACCUAUCAAAGUUGAAUCAUCAAGCUCCGCUCCAGAAGGCUCUUUGAAUGAAGCAGAUGCGGAACUGGCAAUGGCUUCAAAACAAGAUGGCAAGACGGACCAAACAUCCCCCGAGGCUGCGGCCUUGUUGCACAACAGCGUGCUGAGUGGAGCCUCCGUCUUCGAGGACCUGGUUGACAUGUCCUCGGUCAGUGACCAGAUCCACCCAAGUGACGCCGAUGAUAGCCAAGAGGAGUCCUCUUAUGCAUCAGCUACCACCGGAGAGGAAGUGGAGGACGGCGGAAAAAAGGAGGAAGAUACACAUGAAGAUGGUGAAGGCAAGAAAGAUGACCAGGAAGGUCGCGAGAUGACGACAGACGAAGAAAAGGACGAGAAGCAGGAGGUUGGGAUGCAAGAAAAAACUGAAGAGAGUGAAACUGAGGAGAAAGGGGCCUCUGGUUUGGAGAGUCAGACUCCUCCAGCUGAAACACCCGAACAAAGUGUGGCAGAACCACCCAAAGAAAAAGUUGAAGAGGAGCACUCUUCAUCCCUCCCUAAUACUGCUACUGCAGACCAGCAGCACUCGGACACCACACCGCCCUCUGCAGCCCAGGAGGUUGCGCCAGCAUCGGACUCCACCUCACCUAGCCAGCCAUUAGAGACCCCGGCUGGUCCCACAGCCGCCCCCAGCUCCGACACCCAGAAGAGUGCAGACUCUGUCAGCAAGACCAAAGAGAUCAAAAUUGCCCGACUGGAUGUGUCCAAUGUGGCCUUAGACACCGAGCGACUCGAGUUAAAGGAGACCUCUACACCAGUAUCCAGCCCGGCGGCGGCGGCGGCAGCAGCAGCAGGAGGGACUUCAGGUCAGCAGAGAGAGGGCAGCGCUUCGGCCCCUCGUUCCACAAUGUUUCGUAUCCCAGAGUUCCGCUGGUCCCACAUGCACCAACGCCUCCUCGCUGACCUGCUCUUCUCUAUUGAGACAGAUGUCCAGAUGUGGAGGAGUCACUCCACAAAGACAAUUUUGGACUUUGUGAACAGCAGCGAGAACGUCGUGUUUGUCCACAACAGUAUUCACCUCAUCUCCCAGGUGGUGGACAACCUCAUCAUGGCUUGUGGAGGCAUUUUACCUCUGCUCUCUGCUGCCACCUCUUCCUCUCACGAGCUGGAGAACAUUGAAUCAUCCCAAGGCUUGGCGGUGGAGGCUUCGGUCACCUUCUUACAGCGCCUCAUCAACCUCGUGGAUGUCCUCAUCUUUGCCAGCUCGCUCAACUUCACGGAGAUAGAAGCUGAGAAAAACAUGUCGUCAGGAGGCAUCCUGCGGCAGUGCCUUCGCCUCGUGUGUGCUAUGGCAGUGAGAAACUGUCUGGAGUGUCAACAAGCCCAAGUUAAGCAUGGCGCAGAAGCCUCAGCCCGCGGCACAGCCAUGCCCAGCACUGGGCUUGGAGGAGCCAUGUCUGCAGCCGCGCAGAGUCCUGUUGAUGCGGUGACAGGUGGGAUGUCUCCAGUCAGAGACCUGGACCGGCUUCUUCAGGACAUGGACAUUAACCGCCUCAGGGCUGUCGUCUUCAGAGAUAUCGAGGACAGUAAGCAGGCUCAGUUUCUGGCGCUUGCUGUUGUCUACUUCAUCUCAGUCCUCAUGGUGUCUAAGUACCGCGACAUCCUGGAGCCCCACAAUGACAAGAAACACCCUCAGAGAUCCCAGUCUGCCAGGAGCACAGACAGCGGUGCCAUUUCUGGUGGACUAGAAGUGGAGAAUGGGGUUUCUAUCCGGCGGUAUGACUCGGGCAUCGGUGACGACCACACCUCAACCGCCGCAAGCGAGGCAGACCUGUCAUCCUCUGGCGUGACUCACGGUCCAGACGCCGUCUCAGAGGCCCUGUCUACACUGUCUUCUGAGGUCAGACCUUCUCUGCCCGCCGAUUCAAAGGGCAAGAAUGUGAAGGACAUUCUGCGCAGCCUUGUGAGCGCUCCAGCUGAUGAUAUCAUGGUGGACCCCAGUCUGCUGCCACCGUCCUUUCUAGGGAGCGUGGGCGAUGCGGCCAGACAAUCAUCCCUGCAGUUCCGCUCCUUUGAUAGAAGUGUCGUCGUUGCACCCAAGAAAGCGGGCAUGGCACCUUCUCCAGGCACUUCCACUGCUGUCCCAGCAGCCACUGCUGCAUCUGCGUCUGGUGGGGCACCUAUCGAAAGCGUUGCCGUGGUAUCUUCUGGCGACGCCUCCCAGAGCACCUCUGCAGACUUUGCAGCUACAGGCGGCCAGGUUCCAGCCAGCACUAGCCUGCCAUCUGUCCCCCCACUCUCCCCUGUGACCCAGAACACAGCCCCCAAUAUGAGUAUCUCAGAGCGUCUGGAGCAUGCUCUGGAGAAGGCAGCUCCUCUGCUGAGAGAGAUCUUUGUGGACUUUGCUCCCUUCCUCUCUCGGACCCUGCUGGGCAGCCAUGGACAAGAGCUCCUUAUUGAGGGCACGAGCCUGGUGUGCAUGAAGUCCAGCAGCUCGGUGGUGGAGCUCGUCAUGCUUCUGUGUUCCCAGGAAUGGCAGAACUCCAUCCAGAAGAAUGCAGGUCUCGCCUUUAUCGAGUUGGUCAACGAAGGCAGGCUGCUGAGCCACACCAUGAAGGACCACCUGGUUCGUGUGGCUAAUGAAGCUGAAUUUAUCCUUAGCCGACAGAGGGCCGAAGACAUCCAUAAGCAUGCAGAGUUUGAGUCAAACUGUGCUCAGUACGCAGCGGAGAAGCGAGAUGAGGAGAAAAUGUGUGACCACCUGAUCCGAGCAGCCAAGUACCGCGACCAUGUGACAGCCACACAGCUCAUCCAGAAGAUCGUCAACAUCCUGACUGACAAACAUGGAGCCUGGGGAAGCUCUUCCAUAAGCCGGCCGAGGGAGUUCUGGCGCCUGGACUACUGGGAGGACGAUUUAAGGCGGCGGCGUCGCUUCAUCAGGAACCCCUACGGAUCCACUCACUCAGAGGCUGCUCUCAAAGCCGCGGCCGAACACGUGGCUGGUAUCAGUGCGUCCGAGGAGGAUAUUCUCAAAGGAAAGCAGUCCAUCAGGAGUCAGGCUCUGGGAAAUCAAAACUCGGAGAGUGAGACAUCACUUGACGGAGACGAUGACACUCUGUCAUCCUUAGAGGAGAAGGACCUGGACAACUUAACAGGCCCGGUAAACCUGAGCACCAGUGGGCAGCUGGUGGCUCCGGCCGCGGUGGUGAGAGGCACCCUGUCCAUCACCGCCUCCGAGCUCUACUUCGAGGUGGACGAAGACGAGCCGGGCUUCAAGGCCAUCGAUCCCAAGAUUCUAGCCUAUACAGAAGGGCUUCAUGGAAAAUGGCUGUUCACGGAGAUCCGCGCUGUCUUUACCAGACGCUACCUACUGCAGAAUACUGCUCUGGAAAUCUUCAUGGCCAACAGAACGGCAGUCAUGUUCAACUUCCCAGAUGCAGCCACGGUCAAGAAGGUGGUCCACAGUCUUCCUCGUGUUGGGGUUGGCACGAACUUUGGCCUUCCACAGACCAGACGUAUCUCUCUGGCCACACCAAAGCAGCUAUUCAAGGCAUCCAACAUGACCCAGCGCUGGCAACGCCGCGAGAUAUCCAACUUUGAAUACCUCAUCUUUCUCAACACCAUCUCUGGUCGGACCUAUAAUGACCUAAACCAGUACCCGGUCUUCCCCUGGGUUAUCACCAACUACGACUCAGAGGAACUUGACCUCACUCUGCCCAGCAACUUCAGAGAUCUGUCCAAGCCCAUUGGUGCUCUGAACCCCAAGAGGGCAGCAUUCUUUUCAGACCGAUAUGAGUCCUGGGACGAUGAUCAGGUGCCAAAGUUCCAUUAUGGCACCCACUAUUCCACCUCCAGCUUCACCAUGAUGUGGCUACUGCGUAUCGAACCCUUCACCACGUUUUUUCUCAACUUCCAAGGAGGGAAGUUUGACCACGCUGACCGCACCUUCUCCUCAGUGUCUCGGGCCUGGAGGAACUGCCAGAGAGACACAUCUGAUGUUAAGGAGCUGAUCCCAGAGUUCUACUACCUCCCCGAUAUGUUUAUCAACGCCAACAGUUACAACCUGGGAGUGAUGGAGGACAACACUGUAGUGUCUAAUGUGGAGCUGCCACCAUGGGCCAAGAGCCCAGAGGAGUUUGUACGCAUCAAUCGCCUGGCUCUGGAGAGCGAGUUUGUGUCCUGCCAGCUCCACCAGUGGAUCGAUCUGAUCUUUGGCUACAAGCAGCAGGGACCUGAAGCCACCAGAGCCCUCAAUGUUUUCUAUUAUCUGACCUACGAAGGUGCAGUCAACCUCAGCUCCAUCAAUGACCCCAUGCUCAGAGAGGCUGUGGAGUCUCAAAUCAUGAGUUUUGGACAGACCCCCUGCCAGUUGCUCAUUGAGCCACACCCACCCCGAAGCUCAGCCAUGCAAGUGUAUCUUCUCCUGCAGACCCCGCUGAUGUUUACGGAGCAGAUGCAGCAGGAUGUUAUCAUGGUGCUGAAGUUCCCAUCCAACUCUCCCGUGACCCACGUAGCAGCCAACACCCAGGCAGGUCUAACGUCACCUGCCAUCAUCACCGUCACCGCCAACCGAAUCUUUGCCGUCAACAAGUGGCACGGAUUGACAGGUCAUCAGAGCUCAACGGUGCAGGACCAGCAGUACCAACUUCCUGUGGAAAUUGACCCUCUGAUAGCCAAUAACGUGGGCAGUCAUCGUCGUCAGAUCUCAGACCUGCUGGACCAAAGCAUUCAGAUCAGCUCACAGUGUUUCGUCAUCACAGCCGACAACCGCUUCAUCCUUCUGUGCGGCUUUUGGGACAAGAGCUUCCGGGUUUACUCCACUGACUCAGGCAAACUGACUCAGAUAGUGUUUGGGCAUCGUGACGUGGUGACGUGUCUGGCUCGCUCGGAGUCGUACAUUGGAGGAGACUGCUACGUCCUGUCAGGCUCCAGAGAUGCCACCCUGCUGCUGUGGUACUGGAACGGAAAGCACAACAGCAUUGGAGAGAGUCCAGGCACAGAGUUUACCACACCGCGGGCCAUCUUAACGGGCCAUGACUGUGAAGUGACGUGUGCGAGUGUGUGUGCAGAGCUGGGUCUCGUCAUCAGUGGCUGCAAAGAGGGUCCUUGUCUGAUCCAUUCCAUGAAUGGGGACCUUCUGCGGACCCUGGAGGGCCCCGAGCGCUGCCUGCGGCCUCGUCUCAUCCAAUCCUCCACUGAAGGACACUGCGUGAUCUACUACGACAAGGGGCAGUUCUGUCGCUUCAGCAUCAACGGCAAACUGCUCGGACACAUGGAGGUGGAAGACAGCAUCAAGGCCAUGUAUCUGAGUCGGGAUGGCCAGUAUCUGCUGACAGGCGGAGAUGGAGGUGUAGUGUCUGUGUGGCAGGUCCACGACCUCAAACAGCUGUUCACCUACCCAGGCUGUGACGCAGGAAUCCGCUCUAUGACCAUGUCGCAUGACCAAAGGUGUAUCAUAACUGGCAUGGCAUCUGGAAGUAUCGUGCUCUUCUACAACGACUUCAACAGAUGGCACCACGAGUACCAGACCAGGUACUGAGCUGACCACAGCAACAACUCGACUGACAAACCAAGAUCCAAACGGUUGCAAAGUGUGAACUCUUAUCAAAGGCACUAUUCUGUCUAAUAUCCUGAUAUCCUGAAUGUAUCUCAAUGAAAGAAGAAGUCCUGUCCUGUUAUAGUAAAAUAAUCAAAACUAUUUUUAAAAAGGGCAUUGCUAUAUUUUGUAGAUCAGAUAGAAAACUUUCAUAUAAAUCACGGGGUGGGGGUUAUGUUACUGUACGGUUAAAAACAAAUCUAUUUUUAGCUGUAAGAGUCUAUUUUCAUCUCCUCCAGAAAACAAAAGCGGGAUUUGUGGGGAGCUAGUGAGAACCUGUUCUCUUGAAUUAAAAAUCCAAAUAUUUGUGUACUUUAGGGUGAGUGAUUUUGUUUUUUUCCUGUAGGUGUGUAUGUGGGGAAUAAUUAUUAAGCUAUCAUUCACUUUUAACAUGCUUUUUUGCAACACAGCCGGUAGAUAUGAAAUGUUUGAAUAAAUAAUAAAUGUAUUGGACAGAAGGAUAAACGAAGAGGGAUUAUACAUAUAAAUAUAUCUCUAUAUAUUUAUAACUUAUAUAAAAUGUCCAUUUCCUCUGUACCUCUGUGCUUGCUACGAGAUUGCAUUUUUGUGCAUGGCUCACUACUCAUAUAAAACAUAUCGGUGCAGACCUAUCACAUCAUCAUUUAUUACUUUAAACGUCAAAAACCAAACUUCCCACUCUCAGCCAGUGAUGUUGAAGAUGAGCUUCAUGUAGAGGAGGAUGUCAGGAAAACCAUAUCAAGAAUGUUGCUUGUACAGUUCUUUCCCAAAUGGCUCAAUAAGCAAACAGUUUUUUUUUUUCUAAAAUGGGAAUCUUGAAUAAUAUCUGAUGGAUAGACCGAGUGUAUGAGAUCACUAAUCAGAUCACGUCAUAUCAUCAUAUCCUACCCAGUGCCCGAGCCAGCUUGAAGUCCUCUUUGAGUCCCGUCUCUUUAACAGCAAAGUGAGAUGUGCAGUAACAGGAAGGACGUUCUCUAUUUCAGUCUGAGUUCUUUCUCUGUUUUGAUCACAGGAUGAGUGAUUAUGUUGAAAUGUGAUUCAGCACUAAAACGGCAACGAGACAUGUUCCUUCGGUCCUCACUAAAAUAAACGUCCACUUGUAUCUUUUGAUUUUGGGGGAAAAACUUUCUUUUCAAGUUUUUCGCUUUGAUGUGGUUUGAAACUCCCGUUUUAUGAGAACUACUAUUAACCUAUUUUUUUUUUGUUGCAAUCAUUUGAGUGUUUUGUGUGCCGAGUUCUGACAAUAAAAUGGAAUUUUUUAACUUGA